AUGGCCCGUCUCGAGGGCUUCCUGAGGAGGCUCGAGGUGCCCUACGAAGGCGGCACGAUUCCCAACCGCUGGAUCAACAAUGAUAUCAAGCCCAUCGAGAAGGGCCGGCGAACAUGGACGUUUUGGACGUUUCACAACCUCUGGGUAUUGACCAACACGAAUAUCUCGACGUACAUGACCGGCAGCUCGCUGAUCGCUCUCGGGUUGAACUGGUGGCAAGCCAUUAUUGCCAUAGUGUUUGGGGCAAUCUUGUCGACCGUCUUUAUCGUUCUCAACAGCAUGCCGGGCGCGUUCUACCACCUCGGGUUCCCCAUCGCCAAUCGCUACGUCUGGGGCAUGUACGGCAGCUCCUUCGUCAUCUACAAUCGCAUCCUCUUGUCGCUGGUGUGGUAUGCCGUGCAGGCCUGGAUCGGCGGACAAUGUGUCUACGUCUGCCUCGAGGCGAUAUGGCCGAAUCUCGAACACCGCAUACCGAACCACCUCCACGCCACGGGGCUGACGUCGGCGUCGUUUCUCACCUACUGGAUUUUCUGCAUCAUAUCGCUGCCCCUGAUCUGGAUUCGGCCGCAUAAGCUGAAGGUGUUUUUCUACAUUGCGGUGGCGUCCAUCUUCAUCUUCGAGAUCGUGCUCUUGAUCUGGGCGUUGGCCACGAUGGAUGGAUUUGGCGACACCAUAACGGGCCACCCGCAGACGCAAGACACCUCGAUCGGCUGGGCAGUGCUGUACGGCAUCAUCAGCGCCAUCGGAGGCAUCGCGGCGGGAAUCCUGAACCAGAACGACUACGCGCGUUUCGCCCGUCGACCGGCGGAUGCCAUCUGGGGUCAAAUUGCCAGUGCCGCGACGUACUCGAUCAUCAGCUCCGUCGUGGGCAUUCUCGUCACAGCGGCCACGCAACGGCGGUACGGCGCGGCGCUGUGGAGCCUGCCCGACCUGCUGAUCGCCAUGAUGCACGCCGGGGGUUCGAGGUCUCGCGCGGCGGGGUUUUUUGGCGGUGCUGCCCUGGUCAUCUCGCAAUGGGGGAUCAAUGUCCCGGGGAAUGCCCUCUCCGGUGGGUUCGACUUUGCCGCGACUUUUCCCCGGUACAUCAACAUUCGCCGGGGCGCCUACAUCACCGCGGUGCUCUCGAUGGCCGUCAACCCGUGGCAACUGCUCGCCACGGCGUCGACGUUUCUAGCCGUGUUGUCGAGCUACGGCGUCUUCUUGGGGCCGAUGAUCGGGCUCAUGAUCUCCUCGUACUUCAUCGUGCACCGGCAAAAGAUCAAGGUGGACGAUCUCUUCCGUGGGGACCGGACCAGCGUCUACUGGUACGCGUACGGGAUUAACUGGCGGGCGCCCAUCGCGUGGGCAUGCGGCGUCUUCCCCUCGAUGCCGGGGUUUAUCAGCAACGUCAACAACGGCGUCCACGUGUCGCUGGGCUGGACGCACCUGUACUACAUUUCGUUCCUGGUGGGGUUUUCCAUCGCGGCCGUGGUCUUCGUCGCGCUGCACCAUUUCUUCCCGGCCCCGAGCGUCGAGGAUUUUGUCAGGAGCCCGGCGUCCGGCAGGCAGGUCAUGGCCGAGUACCAGGACAAAUGGGACGCCACGGGAGGAGAGGGGGCUGGCGGUGACGAUGGCAGCGACGUGCCUUCGCACAGCAUGCUGCCCAAGGACGUGCAGGACGUGGAGGGCUUUCCGAAGGAUAUCUGA